AACUGCGCAUACCCAGCGGUGGAAACAGGGUGACGAAGAGGAGGUGGAAGAGGAGGAGGAAUAGCAGGAAAAAGAGGUAGUGUUGGAGUAGGAGGAGGAUGUAGUGAGAGGACAGAAGCGACGGGCUAGGCCAACCGUCUACUACGUGAACUGCUCGAUCAGGAAUGAAUAAUCUCGCGCAUAGGUGGUGCCCGACGUGAACGAUUUGGACAUGUGACCAAGGGUGGGUGCAUCAUCGAGGUGCAUCUUCGUGGUGCACUGUUACUCGUAUCUCGCGGCUAAACACGUGGUGUCAUUCCUCAACGCACUUUUGAAAUGUGUCCCUAAAUGGAUAUCGAGGUUCAGACAAGAAAUAACGCAUGGAUAGAUAAAAGUUUUUGACAAAGAGGAAACGUGCGGCAUGGGUCUGCCGCGUCUCUCCUUGAAAGGAUACUUUUUCUACGUGUUAUGUUCUUCUGGCUUGCUGUUGGUUCUCCUGAAUCUCUUACAGGACGAGAUAUGGCAUCGUAUGCGACCACAUCCCGGACAAACGCAAUCUGUUCGACUCGCCGACAGCACCAAGAUGAAACAAAAUUGGCCAACAAAAUUGAGGAAAACGACAAUGCAUAUUCUGCAAACUCAGGAAAAAGCGAAGAAAAAAGUUCCAUCGGAGGUAUCCAAUUUAACCGGCACGACGAUUCUAUCACGUAACAGUAUAGAAUCUAUGGAUCCAUCGAAAAGACCUUGGUACAUGAAAGGUGGAACCAGAAGACCUUAUCCUGCCAUCAAAUCCCAUCGCACUGGUCGGAGAUUAGCGCGUUUGUGGCCGGAUGAAGAUGUUUACGAUGAUCGUGUUACGAAUCAACUGAUGUACGUGCCCACCGAUUAUAACAAAACAAGCGAAGAACACCAGUUGAAAAAGAUAAUGGUUCCGCAUGGUAUGCCGGAGGCGAAAGUUGGUCCCGACAUAUUUCUUCAGCUUCGUUGCCCAGUAAAUACUUGUACGAUUGUUAGGGAUAAUUCAGACGAGGCUGAUUUAAUUCUGUUUAAGGAUUAUAUAACUCAUGUGGGAAGGAGAUCGCCGAAUCAAGUGUGGAUGCUGUACCUUUUAGAGUGCCCUUAUCACACGCAGAGCGUGAAGAAUGCGGUAAUUAAUUGGACGGCUACGUAUCGACGUGAUAGUGAUAUAGUCGCACCCUAUGAAAGAUGGCAGUAUUACGACCCUAGUGUCACGCAAAUACCGCAGACCUUCAAUUAUGCAGCUAACAAGACUAAAAAGGUGGCAUGGUUCGUUUCCAACUGUCAUCCACGAAACCAACGUAUGCAUUACGCUAAAGAACUAUCAAAAUAUAUACAGGUAGAUAUUUAUGGCACCUGCGGUACUCUUCGAUGUCCACGUUCACAAUCUCAAGCUUGUUUCGAAAUGCUUGAUGAAGAUUACAAGUUUUAUCUCGCUUUUGAGAACUCAAACUGCAAGGAUUAUAUCACGGAAAAAUUUUUCGUCAAUGGUCUUGGGCACAACGUUCUGCCGAUCGUGAUGGGUGCCCAUCCAACAGACUACGCCCGCAGCGCCCCGUAUCGCUCAUACAUCCACGUGGACGAGUUCGAGUCCCCAAAAGAGUUAGCCGAGUACCUCCACCGUUUGGACAAAGACGACGAACUCUACAAUUCGUAUUUCCGAUGGAAGGGCACCGGUGAAUUUAUCAACACGUACUUUUGGUGUCGCGUUUGCGCCAUGUUGCACGACGAGCGUCCAUCAAAGUUUUACAAAGACGUAAACGAAUGGUGGAGAGGCGACGGCAUAUGCACCACAACUUCCUGGCGCGAACACGAUCAAACUCGUGCAGGAAACCUGAGAAACACCUGAACAAUCUUCGAGGUUUGGUUACACGAAACCGUGCGUUUUUUGAUACUCGUCGAAGAGAAUCGUAUGGACUUCCAAAGGACGCAACGGGACAGCUUGUUCUGUCGCUUUUCGUUGGUUACACGACUUAUUUGAUGUUUACGCGUCCAGUGUUGCCAACGCCGGGUAGUCCGUUAAUUGAAGAAAAAGACUGCCGAUUACGAAUUUGAAACACAAGAACUAGGGGUAUUUGAAACUGUAUUUUUUGACGAACAACAAGGAUUUUUACACACGAAUUCGCUGCUCUCGACGAACUCGUUGCACUUCAAGUUUAGUGUUUUUUGAAAUGCAGUUGAGAUUUUUUAAUUAAUUUUCACGAUUGAGUAUAUUGUAACAUUUUCUGUUGCAAAC